UUUGGACCAUGGAGCAGAUGCUACAGCAAAAACUGCAAAUCGUCGCACUGUCUUUGAUUUUAUGACUCCAGAACAAAAUCCAAAAAUUGUUGAAAUUUUCAAUCAUAAUCCUCAACGUGACAGUUGGUCAAGUACUGGUAGUAUAGGACGUUGGUCAUGGUGUGAUCCUUCUGAUAAUAAAUUGGAAGAGCAAUUGGCUGAAGCUGAAAUGAAAAAGAGAAUGUUAAUGGAAAGUGCCUAUAAUCUAGAAGUAGAUAUGGCAAGCCUUGGUUUGGAUGAACCUGGAGUAUGUGUUAAAUUUGACGUCUUCUCCUUUUAAAAAAAUUUUAUGUAUUAAUAUAUUUAAUAUAUUUUCUUUUCUUUGUAGAAUGAAGAAGAUGAAGAAGAGCCAUUAUCAGAAUUUAUGUGGAAUAUUUGCCUUCCAGAUCAAAUGUUCGUAUUUUCACAAGAAGACAUACCACAUAUUUUGAAAACUGUGAUCUUGGGUAUGCAGCCAAUACGUUCAAAAUUACAAAAACCUGUUCCUGCAAAUAUUAUAUUUUUGAGUGCUCGGUUCGCUCAUUAUUAUAGUAGUUCUGAAUUAUUGGAGUCACUUUUAUUUGCUGUCGUUGCUGCAAUUGAUCAAUCGAUCAAGGUAUGUAAAUUAACCAUCAGUGUUUUUCAAGAAUUUAACUUUUCUAAUAUUAAGUUGCUAAUUUUUUUUUUCAUUAGACACGACCAGAAGAUAUGACACUAUUAUCAUUUUGGAUCUCAAACUGCACAUUAUUAUUGUACUACUUAAAAAAAGAUCCCGGACUUGCUAUUGCAACAAUAGAAUAUCAAUUGCGAAUCUCUGAGCUUCUUCA